CCCGACAUGGCGAGUGCUGUGCUGCCGAGCGGAUCCCAGUGUGUGGCGGCAGCGGCUGUGACGGCGGCGGCGGCGCCUCCCGGGCUCCGGCUCCGGCUCCUGCUGUUGCUCCUCUCGGCCGCGGCACUGAUCCCCACAGGUGAUGGACAGAAUUUGUUUACUAAAGACGUGACAGUCAUCGAGGGAGAAGUUGCAACCAUCAGCUGCCAAGUCAAUAAGAGUGACGACUCCGUGAUUCAACUACUGAAUCCCAACAGGCAGACCAUCUACUUCAGGGACUUCAGGCCUUUGAAGGACAGCAGGUUUCAGUUGCUGAAUUUUUCUAGCAGUGAACUCAAAGUGUCGUUGACCAACGUCUCAAUUUCUGAUGAAGGGAGAUACUUCUGCCAGCUCUACACCGACCCACCACAGGAAAGCUACACCACCAUCACAGUUCUGGUCCCGCCGCGUAACCUGAUGAUCGACAUCCAGAAAGACACGGCCGUGGAAGGUGAGGAGAUUGAAGUCAACUGCACCGCCAUGGCCAGCAAACCAGCCACGACCAUCAGGUGGUUCAAAGGGAACAAGGAGCUGAAAGGCAAAUCGGAGGUGGAAGAAUGGUCGGACAUGUACACGGUGACCAGCCAGCUGAUGCUGAAGGUGAACAAGGAAGACGACGGGGUCCCAGUGAUCUGUCAGGUGGAACACCCCGCCGUCACCGGAAAUCUACAGACCCAGCGGUACCUAGAAGUGCAGUAUAAGCCUCAAGUGCAUAUUCAGAUGACUUACCCUCUACAAGGCCUAACCCGGGAAGGGGACGCGCUUGAGUUAACAUGCGAAGCCAUCGGGAAGCCCCAGCCUGUGAUGGUAACUUGGGUGAGAGUUGAUGACGAGAUGCCUCAACACGCUGUCCUGUCCGGGCCCAACCUGUUCAUCAAUAACCUAAACAAAACAGAUAAUGGCACAUACCGCUGUGAAGCCUCCAACGUAGUGGGGAAAGCUCAUUCGGAUUAUAUGCUGUAUGUAUACGAUCCCCCCACAACUAUCCCUCCUCCAACAACAACCACCACCACCACCACCACCACCACCACCACCACCACCAUCCUUACCAUCAUCACAGAUACAACGGCGACGACAGAACCAGCAGUUCACGAUUCUCGCGCAGGGGAAGAGGGCACGAUCAGGGCCGUGGACCACGCGGUGAUUGGAGGCGUUGUGGCGGUGGUGGUGUUUGCCAUGCUGUGCUUGCUCAUCAUCCUGGGCCGCUAUUUUGCCAGACAUAAAGGUACAUACUUCACUCAUGAAGCCAAGGGAGCCGAUGACGCAGCUGACGCAGACACAGCUAUAAUCAAUGCAGAAGGAGGACAGAACAACUCGGAAGAAAAGAAAGAGUACUUCAUCUAGAUCAGCCUUUUUGUUUCAAUGAGGUGUCCAACUGGCCCUAUUUAGAUGAUAAAGAGACAGUGAUAUUGGAACUUGCGAGAAACUCGUGUGUUUUUUUAUGAAUGGGUGGCGAGGUGUGAGACUCGGAAGGCUUGGGAUUUGCUAUGUAAAAAAAAAAAAAAGACAAAAAAAUGUUCUUUGAAAAGUACACUCUGCUGUUUGACACCUCUUUUUUUUGUUGUUUUAAAUUUUGAUUUCUUCCUACCGAGCAAAUUUGGGUACUUGGGUUUCAUUUUGGUAGAUUGCAGAAAAUUCUGUGCCUUGUUUUUUUGUUUGUUUAUUGUUCUUUCUUUUCUUUUCCUUUUCCUUUUUACACGUUGUUUUUUAGAUUUGGGGGUUGGUUUUUUUUCCCAAACCCUCCCAUUUUGGAAUUUACCUGCUGGGAUUCCUUAAGACUCUUUUUCCUUCCUGUUGUUUUGGGGGUUUUUGUUUUGUUUUUCUUUUUUACUUUCUUGGUUUAUUUUUGAGGUAACUGCUCAAAUUCAGUUUCAUAAAAGGAGAACCAGCACAGUUUUAGAUUUCAUAGUUCAGAAUUUAGUGUAUCCAUAAUGCAUUCUUCUCUGUUGUCGUGAAGAUUUGGGUGAACCAACAAUGCUAACUCUUUGCUGCUGCCCGUGUUUUCAAUACUUAGAGCAGUAAAGACUAGAAAAAUUAGACUGUGAUUCAGAAACCGUUCUGUUUGCUGUGGAACUACAUUACUGUACAGGGUUAUCUGCAAGUGAGAUGUGUCACAAUUGAGAUUGAAUCUGUCUUUAAUUCUGUAUCUGUAGACGGCUCAGUAAUAGAUACCCCACACUGUCCAGAAAGAUUUGGGGCCGGGAAAGAUGCCUCCUUUCUCAGUGCCCUAAACAGACCCGACAGGUGAGGCCUGUCCCUUUUAUAGAAGUGGACAAAUUUGAGUUGCCAUAGGAGGGAAAGUAGGGAGGGGGGGAAAGACAGUUCUGCUCUGGUUAUUUCUGUUCCAAAAAGGUUCCAUCCACCUUUCCCAAUUGGCCUUACUUCUCACUAAUUUGUAGGAAAAGCAAGUCCGUGUGUUGUGUGAAUGACUGAAUGGGACAGGUUUUUGUUGUUGUUGUUAUGUUGUUGUUUGUUUGUUUUUCUCCUGUGUGCUUAGUUAGGAAGGCAGUAGGAUGUGGCCUGCAUGUACUGUAUAUUACAGAUAUUUGUCAUGCUGGGAUUUCCAACUCAAAUCCGUGUGAAACUUUCAUUCCUUCAGAUUUGGCUUGACAAAAGGCAAAGAGGUACAAAAGAAGGCCUUGGUCUCACACUGGUCUGCUGUCGAUCUCACGUCUCGAAAGGUCAGAGCAGGGUGGAAAAAACAGCAUGUAGGGGUUUUCAGUUACUUAAUCAAAACUCAGAUGUGAGUGUUUUUAUCUUUUUACCUUUCAUACACUAGCCUUGGCCUCUUUCCUCAGCCUUAAGAACCAUCUGCCAAAAAAACACAAAUUAUUGAUGACUUAUGAUGGCAGCCAUAGUCCAUAGCUACUCCAACAAGUCACCUUGAACAUAUCAUGAGAUCGUGGAUGGGGAGCCUUGGGGAAGGGUAGAGGAGUCAAGUUUCCAUUUCCAUUCUUUUUACGGCGAAGUGGGGAUUUUCACUGAAAUGUCUAGGAAAUCUAGAAGUAGUCCCGGAGGACAAAAACUAAAUUCUGACCAUAUGUUUUGGUUAGGCUCCAGAGUUCAGAUAACGAGUCCCUCUGGAAAGAUGGCAUCAAAAAUAAAAAAAUAAAAAAACCCAGAUAGAUCUAUAUAUAUAGAUAUAAAUAUAUAUUAUAUAACAUUUUCAGUGAGUACUUUUGGAUUUUGCAAGGUGCAUUUUUACUAUUGUUACAUUAUGUGGAAAACUUUAUGCUGAUUUAUUUAAGGGGGAAAAAUGUUGACUCUUUGUUAUUUGAAAGCGUGUUUAUUUUUCUUGUCUUUAUUUUAACCUUUGAUAGAACCAUUGCAAUCUGGGGGCCUUUUGGGAACGGUCUGGUAUGUAAAAGAAAAUCCAUUACCGAGCAGCAUUUUGUUUACCCCUCUCCUAUCUCCAGGCAUUAACCAAGACAGAAAAGCCACAACCAACAUCCCUUUUUCAAUAAAUUUUAUAAUGUGCAGCUCUAUUCCGAGCCCUUAGCACCCAUUCCGACCAUAGUGUAAUCAUAUCAAAGGGUGAGAACCAUUUAGCAUGUUGUUGAAAGGAUUUUUCAGUUGUUUUUAGAAAAAGAAAAAGAAAAACAAAAAAAAACAAAAA